AUGGACGGGUUCUCCGGCUAUAACCAAAUCAAGAUGGAUCCACACGACGCCAUCGACACAGCAUUCAGGACCCCGAAGGGUGCUACAUACCAGCGCGCUAUGACGGUCAUCUUUGAUGACCUCAUCCACCAGUCCAUAAAAUGCUACAUCGACGACUUGGUGGUCAAGUCCCGAGAGCGUGAGCGUCAUCAAGAAGAUUUGCGCGUCGUACUCGAGAGACUGCGUAAGUACCAACUCAAGAUGAACCCGCUUAAGUGUGCCUUCGCCGUGCAAUCCGGCGUUUUCCUAGGCUUCAUCGUCCGCUACCGAGGCAUUGAAAUCGAGCCUAAGAAGAUAACGGCGAUCCUCAGAAUGCCUCCACCAAAAAAUUUAAAAGAACUCAAGUCCUUGCAAGGAAAACUAGCGUACAUAAGACGCUUUAUCUCUAAUCUGUCCGGGCGAAUUCAGCCCUUCUCCAAACUCAUGAAGAAAGGUGCGUCGUUCGUUUGGGACGAGCAAUGCCAAAAUGCCUUCGACAGCAUCAAGCAAUAUUUGCUUCAUCCACCGGUGCUGAUGGCCCCCAUCAAAGGGUGGCCUCUCAUUUUAUACAUUGCAGCACAACACGCUUUCGUCGGUGCCCUUCUUGGGCAGAUUAACGACGAAGGAAAAGAAGUUGCAUGCUACUACUUGAGUAGAACCAUGGUGGGAGCUGAAUGUAAUUACUCCCCCAUUGAAAAACUUUGUUUAGCACUAAUGUUUGCGCUCAAGAAGCUGCGACACUACUUGCUAGCACAUAAGGUACAUCUCAUUGCAAGAGCGGACCCCGUAAAAUACGUCCUUAAUCAACCCGCCCUUGUAGGCAGGGUCGGAAAAUGGGCAUUAUUAAUGAUGGAGUACGACAUCACGUACGUUCCGCAGAAAGCCGUCAAAGGGCAAGCUUUAGCUGAUUUUCUAGCGGCACAUCCCGUUUCGAAUGAUUCGCCCUUAGUCACGGAACUCCCCGACGAAGAAGUAUUCACAGUUAACACAGAGGCUCCAUGGGAACUCUACUUCGACGGCGCUUCACGCACGGAGUCCGACCCCGACGGGACUCCUCGUAGGAGAGCCGAUGCAGGGAUAGUGUUCAAAAGCCCCAAAGGUGAAACUUUAUACCAUUCCUUUUCCUUGCUUAAGGAGGAAUGUUCCAAUAAUGAAGCUGAGUACGAGGCCCUCAUCUUUGGGCUUCUUCUUGCAUUAUCCAUGGAGAUACAUAUUCUUCACGCAUAUGGAGAUUCUCAGCUCAUUGUGAGACAGGUUAAUGGAGUCUAUGAAGUGCGCAAACCUGAGUUGGUCCCAUAUUGGGAAGCCGCUCACAAACUCAUGGGGAAAUUUGAACUCAUACUGAUUAGACACGUCCCGCGAAGCAAGAACGCCUCAGCGGACGCUCUUGCAAAGCUAGCUGCAGCCCUCGUAUUACCUGAUGGGCAAGCAGAAGUGAAAAUCGAAGAAAGAUGGCUUCUACCAGCCGUACUCGAGCUCAUUCCCGAAGACCACGAAGUGAACACCGUGGUGACUACCGAAGUUGAUAAACAAGAUUGGCGCAAGCCUUUCUUAGAUUAUUUUAAACACGGCAGCCUGCCAAGUGACCCUGCCGCAAGACGUCAAUUGCAAAGGCGACUUCCCUCAUACAUAUACAAAGCAGGAGUCCUGUAUCGACGCUCUUAUGGGCAUGAGAUGCCUCUUCGAUGCCUGUCCCGGAGCGAGGCAGAUAAAGCCCUGAAAGAGAUACACGGGGACUUCAAGCAUCGUCCCCCAGUUCCGUUACACCCGACUAUACCCUCUUGGCCUUUUGACGCUUGGGGUAUCGACGUAAUUGGAAAAAUUGAGCCGCCCUCUUCUAAAGGGCAGCAAUUCAUUCUCGCCGCCACUGAUUACUUCUCCAGGUGGGCGGAAACAGUUCCUUUGAGGGAGGUGAAAUCCGACAACGUCAUAAACUUCCUUGAGCGCAACAUCAUAUACCGUUUCGGAGUUCUUCAUCGCAUCACCUCCGACAACGGACUGUCUUUCAAGUCAAGUAAGAUCUACAAGUUUGCCGAAAAAUACAAGAUUCAAUGGAACUAUUCCACAGGGUAUUACCCUCAGGCCAACGGCUUGGCUGAAGCUUUUAAUAAGACCCUCGUGGGCAUUCUGAAAAAGACAGUUACAAAAAAUAAGAGGGAUUGGCAUGACCGUCUCUUCGAAGCAUUAUGGGCGUAUCGGGUCACUGUCCGUACCCCCACACAAUCGACGCCCUACUCACUUGUCUUUGGUACGGAGGCUGUUUUACCACUAGAGCUGGAGCUUCCCGCGCUCCGGAUUGCCAUACACAAUGAAAUCACACAAGAUAAAAGAAUUCACCUUCGACUCCAAGAACUGGAUGCCCUUGAAGAAGAGCGUCUCAACGCUCUCCAAAAUUUACAAUUCUAUCGACAAAACAUGAUUCGAGCGUAUGACAAGCUUGUCAGACCUCGCGUAUUCAGGAAGGGCGAGCUAGUACUAGUUUUGAGGCGCCCGAUUAUACUCACCGGCAAAAGCAAAGGCAAAUUUGAGCCAAAAUGGGAAGGGCCUUAUGUUGUAGAACAAGUCUACGACGGAGGUGCCUACCAACUCAUCAACCAGGAGGGCGUUCGUCCAAUGCCCCCUAUUAAUGGUCGCUUUCUUAAAAAGUAUUUCGCUUAA